CGUGACCACCGACAGCCGCUUCGACGUCCAAUAGCGACUCCGUACUCGUGCGAUGACAGAGGGGUACACGGCGGUUGGGGAGUGUUCCCUAUUGGCCGCCUGCGAUGCCACGUGAUCCCGAGCUCGCGCCCGAUUGGACCAUCGGUUAACGGUCGCGGAAUUUGAAUUGUGGGUGAGUUGAUGGAGGCGAGCCGGGCGACUUUUCUCCGUCAGCGACUGUCGAACACCCCGAAUUGAAUGCCUUCGCACCAGCAAAUCGCAGCCCUGAAACCCCACGUGGAAAGCAGCGGCGAUGGACAGGGGGCGCCCACGGCCGCUCAUUCUUAGGCGGAAGCGGCCGCACGAUGGGGAGCAAUGCCCACCGUCCAAGGGGGCCCUGCUGCAGGGGGGCAUGCGAGACGACAUUGCCACGGCUGGCUCCCAGGUGCCGAUAGUGGCGACGGUUGCAAGCGCACAUUGCGGUCUGGCGGAGUCCGCGCGGCGUCGGCAGCACAACCGCAAGGAACAAGACUGCAGCGGCGCCGGCUUGAAUCCACCGCGGCGCAAGGCCAUCCUCCUCGAACACCCUCCUGCGCUGCGCCACGCAGGCCGCACCUACUUUCCUGGAAAGGAAAACAUGGCACCCUCAACCGCGUGCUCGAUGCAGUACGCCGACCACGCCGGGAGCUCUGUUGCGGUGCCGAAGUUGCCAACGCGUGCCUUUGGGACGGCGGCUGUGGGAAAUUGUGGUGCAGGCAUCGAGAAAGGUGCCGUGAUGAACAAAAGCCUAACCAGCAUACAGUGGCUGGGUCGACUCGAGGGGGAGCGUCUGCUGCCCGGUGUUGCCGAAAGCCACCCCGCGGUGGACAGGACAAUAAAGCAGGAGCAGAGUCUGAGCUCUUGCGGUAGAGCAAAGGUGGCUAGCGACAAAAAGGACAGGGGCGUGGAGAGCUGUGUUUUCACCGAGGCCACCGAUGCUGCCACUGCCAACAGCAAAAAACAACAAGACAAUAAAAAGGAUAACCACUCGAACCUGGAGCGGCCGCUCUUCUCUUACAUGGCCAUGAUCCAGUUUGCGAUCAACAGCAGCAGCAAUGGGCGAAUGAGUCUGCGUGAGAUCUAUGCCUGGAUUGCACACCGCUUCCCGUACUUCAGACAUUCAGCACGGCCCGGAUGGAGGAAUUCAAUCCGACACAACCUGUCGCUGCACACCAUGUUUGUGCGCGAGACAGUGCCAGGAAGCAAGGAGUCCUUCUGGACUGUGUCCAAUGAGAGUACGCACAGGCGGCACGCUUCGAUUAGAGAUACAUCGCAAGCGAACCACAGUGCACUCAUAGCACCAUCGUCAGCUCGACGGGUCCAGCCUCUGUUGCCUCGCCCACCCGUGCCACAGCCCAUCAGCCUCCUGCUGACGCCUUCCUCAUUGCACUUUAUUCAGCCCACGCUUGUUGUUGCUGCUGCCAUAAAGCAGGAGCAGCAGGUUGCAACGGUGUUAGACCGUGCCGUGAAGGCUAAACCCAUGUCCACAGCGCCAGCAAAAAUGACGAAGCAGCAGGAGGAGCAACAGCCUUCCUCAUUGCACUUUAUUCAGCCCACGCUUGUUGCUGCUGCCAUAAAGCAGGAGCAGCAGGUUGCAACGGUGUUAGACCGUGCCGUGAAGGCUAAACCCAUGUCCACAGCGCCAGCAAAAAUGACGAAGCAGCAGGAGGAGCAACAGCCUUCCUCAUUGCACUUUAUUCAGCCCACGCUUGUUGCUGCUGCCAUAAAGCAGGAGCAGCAGGUUGCAACGGUGUUAGACCGUGCCGUGAAGGCUAAACCCAUGUCCACAGCGCCAGCAAAAAUGACGAAGCAGCAGGAGGAGCAACAGCAGCCGCAGAUUGUAAUGCAACAGCAAAUGGUGGCACAGAUACUGCAGCCACGGCAGAUACAGCAGCGGCAUCAGCAACCGGUGAAGGAGGAGCAGCAGGAAACGGUGCAUAAGUGGAUUGUACGGGAUGAGAGUGUGCUGCAAGUUGUGCAGCAAGAGCAACAAGUGAAGGAGCAUUUGGUGCGACAGCCGCAGAAUGUGCGACAACUACAAAUGACGAAGGAGGAGGACGAGAAGCCGACGCUACAGAGGGUGCACGAGUGCCUGGCCUCCAGCACGUCAGCCCGGUCGACGCAAGGCUUAACAGCUACGUUGCCGGCGUGCACCUGGCAACAGGGCGAAGUGGUCAGUAAAGGCGAGAGUCUUGCCUUUACUCCAAAGAAGCGAGCGCUCUACCGUACCCCAAAGUGCAGGCGGAAGCCGGGUCACUGGCGCAAGCAGAGCCUUGUGCACCAGCAUCUUACACCCGCGUCAGAGUUAAUGUUUAUGGAGGAGUCUGUGGUCAAAGAUUCCUCUGGAAGCGACUGGGGAGACCCUGAUGGACAACAAGCCGCGGACUGCGCAGACUUGGCGCUGUUUGCCACCCCGACGCGGAGGUUCAGCCUGACCACUUCAACGCCGUGCCACCUGACGGAGCCACCCACGUGCCUACUCUCCCCGUGGAGCCCCCCUUUCGCUCCGCCACCGCUGCCAUUCUCCUCCUCGCCGUUUAGCCCAGGCACCGCCGCGAUGGCCUACCACCACUCCCCUUGCACCCCGCACCGGCUGAGAGGCGUCACACCAAGCUCGUGGACGAUGCGCGCAAGGGGGGACCGCGUGCCCAGAGUCAGUUUGUCAUUCACCCCGAUAAAAGCCGGUUGCGUUGCAGAGAGAAAAACGACCUCUGCCGCUGCACCAUCAGUGCCGUUGGAUAUAGUGUUGGUUAAGGUGGAGGACGACGACGCCGACGUGGGGAACGACAGCGAAGGGAUUGGCGGCUUCGCGUUGGCAGAUGCGGACGCCGCAGCGGAGGUGGCGGCGAUGGUGCCCGAGCACAGCGGUGCAGGGGGAGCCGGGACGAGCACCUGUGUGGGCAGUGGUGGGGGGGAACCGGCGGCAUUGGGUGUGGCGGAGGCUGCGGAGGAGGCCAGCCGUGGUGUGGAUGGAGCGAGCUGGACAUGUGGCGAGGACAGCUUUGAGAAGAUUCUGCAUGAACUGAGCCUGCCCCAGCUGGAGGAGAACUGGACCGAUUCAAUGUUGGACAUGAAUAGUGUAAACUGGACGCUGCUCGACACGCUGCACGCAGGCGUGCCGGGCUUCUAGGCGGCGGCGCAGUUUGUACUUUUCAAUAAUCGUUGGGCUUUCAUUACCGUACACGAUUUUAGAUCUGCGGCGACUCGCCUGUCCUGGCACAGUGUUCGCGUCGUCGCCCCACAAACCCGGUGAGUUGAGUUUAGUUCCUGGAAAUGGUUAGCGUCAUUUGGUGAGCAGUACAUGAACUGGUCCCGUAUAAUCAACUCGCCAUGAUCGGCAUGGUGAAGUAUGGUUAAGCAAUCCAUAUGACACAACACAGCAUGGGGAUGCCUUCAACCAGCAGUGAAUUGCCAAAGGGCGGUGUACAUUCAUCGGGCAGUUUUUAACGGCAACUAAGCACGCAUGCCAACUCGAAUUUCUGUAUUUGAUAGUACUUUUUCCCCAUUCAAAAUUAUUUAUAAAGCUUUUAAACCGCAACACAUUGGGGAUGAAGAAAACCAUUGCACGCCCCUUGUUUUGAAUUGGGUGGCUUGUAUUCAUAUUCUCAGAUCUUUCGGUAAAGUCACGUUGAAGGGAAACAACUAAAUAAUAAAAUAUAUAUAAAAAA